AUGUCACCAAUGAUCGAUAGAUUCUAUAAUGGUGUAUCAUAUCAUUUCAAAGGAUUCGAAUAUAAAGGUUUAGCAACAACAAAGAGUAAAAAACCAUGUCUAGGUGGAGAUUUCUAUCAUAAUACAACAUUAUAUAUUACCAAGGAUCUAAAUGAACAUCCAGCACAACUAUUUGGAUUCUAUUCACUUGGAAACUCUGUUCUCAACUAUAAUAAUAUUGGAGAGAGUGUUCGUAGUUUAUUUGACCCAUUGAAUUUCAGACACACUGCAGGUUUCGGUAUCAGAGGUGCUGCAGGUCCUGCUUUGGUCGACGUUUAUUUCUCACAUGUCUUGAAGAAAUUGCCUACCGAUCAAUCUUUAAGAUUUGGUCUAUGUGUUACUUUGAAAUUCUAUUAA